CUCGCGGGGACAGGGGAGGGGCGAGUGGACGCGACCCGCCGCGCCGAGGCGCUCGCCAGACGGGCUGCGCCGGGUCGGUCCGGGAGCACGGGGAGAGCGGGCGGCGGUCCGGAGAGCGCGCGGGGAUCCCCACGUCGAAGCGCGGGACGUGACUCAGGGAACACUCUUGAUCUGCAUCAUGGGAGCGGUGGUGGUUGACGAUGGUCCCUCUGGUGUCAAAGCUCCCGAUGGAGGCUGGGGCUGGGCUGUCCUUUUCGGCUGUUUUAUCAUCACGGGAUUCUCCUAUGCCUUUCCGAAGGCAGUUAGUGUCUUCUUCAAAGAACUUAUCCGGGAAUUUGGCGUUGGUUACAGUGACACCGCGUGGAUCUCCUCCAUUCUGUUGGCCAUGCUUUAUGGAACAGGUCCGCUCUGUAGCGUGUGUGUCAACCGCUUUGGCUGUCGCCCGGUCAUGCUGGUGGGUGGCCUUUUUGCAUCGAUGGGGAUGGUGAUAGCCUCCUUCUGCACGAGCAUCGUUCAGAUCUAUCUCACCGCGGGUGUGAUCACUGGUUUGGGUCUGGCACUCAACUUUCAGCCUUCGCUCAUCAUGUUAAAUCGUUACUUUGACAAACGCCGACCCUUGGCCAACGGGCUGUCUGCUGCUGGGAGCCCAGUGUUCCUUUGUGCCCUUUCACCGCUGGGGCAGAUACUACAACACGAGUAUGGUUGGAGAGGAGGAUUCCUUAUACUGGGUGGGAUGCUGCUCAACUGUUGUGUAUGUGGAGCGCUGAUGAGACCUUUGGAGCCACCCAAAAAGUCUGAAGCUACCAAAGAACCUGCUGAGAAGAAAGCAAAGAAAAAACUCCUGGAUUUCAGCGUGUUUAAAGAUGGCGGCUUUGUGAUCUACACGCUGGCGGCAUCUAUCAUGGUGCUCGGCCUCUUUGUUCCCCCAGUUUUUGUUGUCAGUUAUGCCAAGGAUUUAGGGUAUCAGGACACCAAAGCAGCUUUUCUUCUGACGAUUCUGGGAUUUAUUGAUAUCUUUGCUCGGCCUAUUUGCGGAAUGGUAGCUGGUCUCAAGUGGGUUAGACCACGCUGUGUCUACCUCUUCAGUUUUGCUAUGAUUUUUAAUGGCUUUACAGAUCUCAUGGGCUCCAUGUCUGUUGAUUACGGUGGCCUGGUGGUCUUCUGCAUUUUCUUUGGCAUUUCUUAUGGAAUGGUAGGUGCUCUGCAGUUCGAAGUUCUCAUGGCUAUUGUUGGCACUCAGAAGUUUUCCAGUGCUAUUGGCUUGGUGCUCCUGGCAGAAGCGAUGGCUGUUCUGAUCGGUCCGCCGUCAGCAGGAAAACUCUUGGAUCUUACACGGAGGUACAUGUUUGUCUUUAUUAUCGCUGGGAUUGAAGUUACCACCUCAGCGCUCGUACUGGCCUUGGGAAACUUCUUCUGCAUUAAGAAAAAACCAGCAGAACCACACACAAAAGAAGCAGCAGCAGAAAGAGAGGAAUUAAACAAAUCCGAAGACAAAGCUCCCGAGGAUGCCAAGGUGGACUCUAUUGAAGUGGAGCAGUUUCUAAAAGAUGAGCCCGAAAAAAAUGGCGAGGUUGUCACCAACCCAGAAACCUGUGUCUGAGCGCGGCAGGAAACCCACACAGCGUUUAGAAGAGGGUCAAAAAGAUUUUCAACACUAUUUAUUUUAGAAAUAGAACUAGCUUAGGGCUGGGCCGUCUGCUUUAUUAACUGGAGGCCGGUCAGCUCAUCAGGUCUCUCUGGAAGCUGAUUUGCUAGACAACCUUUUAUGAGAAAAUUAGCUUUAUCAGUGAAAGGUGAAACGUUGUGGUUAUACUUUCUAUGUAAACUAAAAAGCUUUUCUGAACACAAGUAGAGUCUUGCCAUGCAUCACCAGAAACUGCUCACUUGGCAGAGAUAGAGGAAAGAUAUAUUCAAAGCAAAGUGGCACGAUGUGUAAGUUUUCAGAUAAUACGGGUGAAAUUGCUGUGUUGUGUGGCUAAAUGUCAUUUCCCUUUCUGUGCUUUUUGGGAAGGGGAAAGAGUUUGAGAUGGAGAAAAAUCUCAGGAACUUAAAAAGGUCUCCAUUAGGUCCUUGGAUUUCUUACUUUUUUUAGACUUUCAGAUUAAUUGGCUCAGCCCUAAUAUAAUUUUGAUAAUACCUGUUACUUUGGUUUACGCAAAUGUAUUUCUAUGAGUUUUGUCUAAACCUGUAGUCUUUGUAAUUGUCAUCUGGAAACACUGUACACGGAAAGGCACAUUGCAGACACUGUCCUCAGCAGAUCACACAAGCCCUAUUCCUAGGUAAUACUAAAAGGAAAAUAAAAUGAGUAGACUCGGUCCCGA